GUGUAUUUGCUUUCCUGUGAUGCCAAGAAAGAUUGGAGGUUCAUGAAUUAUAAAUAAGAUUUUAAUGAUUUUCAAAGACAUGAAAAUGUUUGGGGUCCAUUAUAGGAUUUUCCAUCACCGACCUUCAAGAUAAGGAGCAAUAUCAGCCUCAAGAAUAAUCUUGGUAUUUUAAGAACGCAAUUCUUACAGCAACGCAAUCCUUAAAGCAACGCAAUUCUUACAACAUAAUCUACUCCAAAUCCUGUAGUGAACUCCAAGCCUCAAUGUCACUUCCAUUUCGGGCAACCAACCUCAAGGCAGUUUAUGUAUAAAUUUUUAAAAUUUAAAAACAAAAGAAGUCAGUCAUAGACAUAGAGAGAGCUUCGCAAGAGCAACCAAAGAUGAAGAAUUCUUGCCUUCUCUUAUGCGUUGUCAUCUUCAUUUGCAUGGAAUAUAUCUGCUUAGCAGAUUUUGAUAAUCUCCAGGACACUUGCCCAACGGCUACACAAGCAAAACAAACAGUCUUCAUCAAUGGCUUCAAUUGCAAGAAUCCAGCCAACAUCGCUUCUUCUGAUUUCAAGACUUCAAAGUUGAACCACACCGGCAAUACAGACAACAUUUUUCGUUCCGCGGUAACCAUUGCCACUGCAGCAGAUUUUCCUGGCCUGAAUACUCUUGGCCUCUCAAUUGCUAGAACUGAUAUAGAAAUGGAUGGCCUGGUAUUGGCUCAUUCCCACCCCAGGGCUUCUGAGAUGUUCUUUGUCAGCAAAGGUAAUGUUGUUGCCGGUUUCAUUGAUACCAGAAACAAAGUUUUCCAAAUUGGUUUGAAGGAAGGUGAUGUGUUUGUGUUUCCCCGGGGUCUGCUCCACUUUUGCUUUAAUUCUGGCUUUGAACCUGCUACUGUUUUCUCAGUGCUUAACAGCCAGAAUCCGGGGGUGGUGACCCUUACUGGUGCCAUGUUCGGACCUGAUUCAGAUAAUGUAUUAGACAAGCUAGUGAGGCAACUAAUCUCUCUUUCUGGAUCCAAGCUUAACGGCGUUGGAAAUAUGACUCUGGCCGGGUUUUCAAUCAUGUAGUUAGCAAUUUCAAAAAUAUUACUCUACCAUCUUUACAUGUGAUGUGAGAUAACAAUAGUUUUAUUUUGUGUUUAACUUUUACAGUUAUCUCCUGUGUUCAAAUUUUAACAAUAAAGUGGAUACUGUGUAAAAGAUUUCUGUUAUUACUAGCAUGAAGUUGUGGGCAAUGUAAUUGCAAUAAUUAUCACAAGGAUUAGGAUUUGUGACUCGGUUUU